CAUGAGCUACAGCUGCGAGGGAAUCUGUAGGGCAUACACUUCCACGCAGACUUUCUCCCGCACGUAGCCAGGCGUUGAGGUUUGAUCGGAAGAAAGAGCUCUUCGCGGCGAAUAUCGCCUUCGUCACCGUCAACACUGGAAUGCGAAAAUGCCCUGUCCACGCUCCGAGUCUUGUGCGAAGCGGAGACGCAGCUUGUUCCGGCCAUGCAUCGACCUGCACCAAGGCGUCGUCAAGCAGAUCGUCGGAGGUACGCUCAGGGAUGAUGAAAAUGCUGCAAUCGAGUCAAUACCCGCAAGUGCAGCAGGGACCUUAAAUGCGCUGCGGACGAACCACACAUCCACGCUUCCGCCUUCGCAUUUCGCGUCACUUUAUCGCCAACACUCGCUCUACGGUGCACACGUCAUCAAACUCGGCCCGGGCAACGAUGCUUCCGCGAAGCAAGCGCUGGCAACCUGGCCAGGCCAUCUGCAAGUCGGCGGCGGGAUCAACGCGGCGAACGCAUCCGAGUGGCUCGCCAAGGGCGCGGCAAAGGUGAUUGUCACGUCAUUCCUCUUUCCCGCGUGCAAUUUCUCUCUCGACCGGCUGAAGGAGAUGGAAGCGGCUGUGGGGGGGCGAGAGAAUCUCGUCGUGGACGUCAGCUGCCGGCGUCAGGCGGGAAAAUGGGUCGUCGCGAUGAACAAAUGGCAAGACCUGACGGACAUGCAAGUCGAUAUGGCGUCGCUCGACAUGCUCGCCGAGCACUGCAGCGAGUUCCUCAUCCAUGCCGCUGACGUCGAAGGCCUGUGCGGAGGUAUAGACGAGGAUCUUGUCCGUUUCCUCGGCCAGUGGCUGCCGACGCUGCACGAGCGUACCGGGCGGCUAGACUUUGUAGUCACGUAUGCUGGCGGCGCACGCCACUUGGGCGACAUGCAGCUUGUCGACCAGCUCAGCAACGGCACUGUCGACCUCACGUUCGGCAGCGCGCUAGACAUUUUUGGGGGAUCGGGCGUCACAAUGGAAGAGCUCGUACGGUGGAACCAAGGGACGGAGCAAGAGCAAGUGCAAGCGUCAUAGAGAUUCUAGCCUAUUUGCAAAUGUACAACAGACGCACGGUAUUGACUACACUAGAG